AGAGAAUACCUCACGUAGGGAGCACGAGGAGAAGGAGGAGCUUCGCAGGUUGUUUUUUGUCCGGGAGGCCGACUCCGUCGAGUCGGUGGCGGCCGCAGGCUGGGAAGGAGCGGUGCUACGCCUUCGCAGGUUGGCGAAGUGGUUCCAGGCUACCCGGCUAGUCUGGCACGGCCCCGCCUUCUGCCUCCUACUCCGUCGCGUGGCGGCGGGAACUGUUGGCCGCGCGGCCUCAGGAACGGCCCAGGUCCCCGUCCGCAGGUCCCGGGCAGAUAACAUAGAUCAUCAGUAGAAAACUUCCUGAAGUUGUUCAAGAAAAAUUUGAAAGUAACAAAAUAGAAAACAAAGAGAAUUAACAGCAGAUACAGAGGACAACAUGGAAAUUUUAUUCCAUUCAUUCAUUUAACAAAUUUGUUCAACAAACCAUCGUUGAAUACCUUCUCUGUGCCAGGUGUUGUCUUAGGAAACAGAACACAGCAGUGAAAAAGCAGUCAAAAAUCUUCCACUCAUGUGCAGCUGCAGCUCAUGAUGUCUUCUGGCUUCAGUGUCUUUAGAGUUGGGAUCUCUUUUGUCAUAAUGUGCAGUUUUUACAUGCCAACAGUAGACUCUUUACUAGAACUGAGUCCUCAGAAAUAUUUUAGUACAUUGCAACCAGGAAAAGCCUCUUUAGCUUAUUUUUGUCAAGCUGAUUCCCCAAGAACAUCUGUGUUUCUUGAAGAACUGAAUGAGGCUGUUAGACCAUUGCAGGACUAUGGAAUUUCAGUUGCCAAGGUUAAUUGUGUCAAAGAAGAAAUAUCAAGAUACUGUGGAAAAGAAAAGGAUCUGAUGAAAGCAUAUUUAUUCAAGGGCAACAUACUGCUUAGAGAAUUCCCUACUGACACCUUGUUUGAUGUGAAUGCUAUUGUCGCCCAUGUUCUCUUUGCUCUUCUUUUUAAUGAAGUGAAAUAUAUUACCAACCUGGAAGACCUUCAGAACAUAGAAAAUGCUCUGAAAGGAAAAGCAAAUAUUAUAUUCUCAUAUGUGAGAGCCAUUGGAAUACCAGAGCACAGAGCAGUCAUGGAAGCUGCUUUUGUGUAUGGGACUACAUACCAAUUUGUCUUAACCACAGAAAUUGCCCUUUUGGAAAGUCUUGGCUCUGAGGAUGUGGAAUAUGCACAUCUCUACUUUUUUCAUUGUAAACUAGUCUUGGACUUGACCCAGCAGUGUAGAAGAACACUAAUGGAACAGCCAUUGACUACACUGAACAUUCACCUGUUUAUUAAGACAAUGAAAGCACCUCUGUUGACUGAAGUUGCUGAAGAUCCUCAACAAGUUUCAACUGUUCAUCUCCAGCUAGGCUUGCCACUGGUUUUUAUUGUUAGCCAACAGGCUACUUAUGAAGCUGACAGAAGAACUGCAGAAUGGGUUGCUUGGCGUCUUCUGGGAAAAGCAGGAGUUCUGCUCUUGUUAAGGGACUCUUUGGAAGUGAACAUUCCUCAGCAUGCUAAUGUGGUCUUCAAAAGAGCAGAAAAGGGAGUUCCAGUGGAAUUUUUGGUAUUACAUGAUGUUGAUUUAAUAAUAUCUCAUGUGGAACAUAAUACGCACAUUGAGGAAAUACAAGAAGAUGAAGAUGAUGACAUGGAAGGUCCAGAUAUAGAUGUUCAGGAUGAUGAAGUGGCAGAAACUGUUUUCAGAGAUAGGAAGAGAAAAUUACCUUUGGAACUCACAGUGGAACUAACAGAAGAAACAUUUAAUGCAACAGUGAUGGCUUCUGACAGCAUAGUACUCUUCUAUGCUGGUUGGCAAGCAGUAUCCAUGGCAUUUUUGCAAUCCUAUGUUGAUGUGGCAGUUAAACUGAAAGGCACAUCUACUAUGCUUCUUACUAGAAUAAACUGUGCAGAUUGGUCUGAUGUAUGUACUAAGCAAAAUGUUACUGAAUUUCCUAUUGUAAAGAUGUACAAGAAAGGGGAGAACCCAGUAUCUUACGCUGGAAUGUUAGGUACCAAAGAUCUCCUAAAAUUUAUCCAGCUCAAUAGGAUUUCAUAUCCAGUGAAUAUAACAUCGAUUCAAGAAGCAGAAGAAUAUUUAAGUGGGGAAUUAUAUAAAGACCUGAUCUCCUAUUCUAGUGUGUCAGUACUGGGACUAUUUAGUCCAACCAUGACAACAGCAAAAGAAGAUUUUAGUGAAGCAGGAAACGACCUAAAAGGAUAUGCUAUCACUGGAAUUUAUUCUGAAGAAGAUGUUUUGCUACUGUCAAACAAAUAUGCUGCAAGUCUUCCAGCCCUUCUGCUUGCCAGACACACAGAAGGCAAAAUAGAGAGCAUCCCACUAGCUAUCACCCGUGCAGAAGACAUAGUUCAAAUAGUAACAGAUGCACUACUGGAAAUGUUUCCAGAAAUCACUGUGGAAAAUCUUCCCAGUUAUUUCAGACUUCAGAAACCAUUAUUGAUUUUGUUCAGUGAUGGCAGCAUAAAUCCUCAGUAUAAAAAAGCAAUAUUGACACUGGUAAAGCAGAAAUACUUGGAUUCACUUACCCCUUGCUGGUUAAAUCUAAAGAAUACUCCAGUGGGGAGACGAAUCUUGCGGGCAUAUUUUGAUCCUCUGCCUCCCCUUCCUGUUCUUGUUUUGGUGAAUCUGCAUUCAGGUGGCCAAGUAUUUGCAUUUCCUUCAGACCAGGCUAUAAUUGAAGAAAACCUUGUAUUGUGGCUGAAGAAAUUAGAAGCAGGACUAGAAAAUCAUAUCACAAUUUUACCUGCUCAGGAAUGGAAACCUCCUCUUCCAGCUUACGAUUUUCUAAGUAUGAUGGAUGCUGCAACAUCUCAACAUAGCACUAGGAAAAUUCCCAAGUGCAUGAAAGAAACAGAUGUACAGGAGAAUGAUAAGGAACAACAUGAAGAUAAAUCGGCAGUCAGAAAAGAACCGAUUGAAACUCUGAGAAUAAAGCAUUGGAAUAGAAGUAAUUGGUUUAAAGAAGCAGAAAAAUCAUUUAGGCAUGAUAAAGAGUUAUGAUGCUCAAAGAAAGUGAUGGGAUAACCCUAGAAGAGGACUCAGAAUGAUAUUUAUAUUUUAAGGGAGGCUUAAAACCUGCUCUUAUUUCUACAACUUAUAUGGCUAAAUUUCAGAUUGAACAGGAAUUCAGCAUUCUGCCAUCUCCUCAUGGAAAGAGAGGCUCCCUCAUCUGAAGCGUCUCUGAAAUCUACCCUUGCAAGCUUCAGACAAACCAUUUUAUCUCCCUGAGCCACAGGGCCUCAUCUGUGAGGGAGGGAAAGAUUAGCCAAAGAGUAAAUUUUCAUUCCAAAUCACUUAGCUGUUAGACUGAUCUGUUUGUAGCAGUUGUUUGUCUCAUUUUUGCUCUGUGCAUUUUUUGAGACAUUUGUUGAGAAUUUCUAUUUGGUGCUCUACUGUAUUUUUCAUUUUAGUAUCUACUUGGUAUCUUGUUCUUUAAAUUAUCUUCAUGUAUGGUUUGCCUGAUACAACUGAGUUUUAUAACUGAAAUUUAAGGAAUCAGACAGCUAAAAUUCAGUAAGUGCAUGUAUUUCCUUAUAACAUAGACCCUUUGCUACUCUCAGCACCCUCUCCUCAAUUUUUUUCCUGUAGCAUGUGAUGCCUUAUUAAUUCAACUCAUUUUCAUUUGCUUUUAUUUCUAAUAUGGGAUCUAUGAGAGUGAACUCUGAAUAUGGUUUGUAGUAAUAAAACAUCAUUAGCCUAAUUAUUAGAAAAUGCUAAUUAAGUACCAGCACAUAGAAGCAUGAAAUUGCUUAGUCAUUGUACCUUUGUCAGCAAUUUUGACAUUAAUGUUUGUAAUAAUUUUAAAUAAAGUAUCUGGGUUUCAGACUACCUUCA